GGGGAAAAUCUAGCACGGGGCGCGUUAAUCUGCACAGCUGAGAAUGGGAAUAAAUUGGAAGGGAAAAAAAACCUUGUUCAGGGCUAUUGUUAGCUAUUGUUAGUGGGCAUAAUUCUAUUUUCUGCCCUGGUCAGCCUAUUAGAAACUAGUGGCCUCUUCUUAUAACUCGGCCCUGCUUCGUCUUUCUUACCUUUUUCAACUUUUUUUUUUUUUUACUACCACCACCAUUCCGGUGAACUCGACAAACCCAACAACGAUAUUUCAAAAGACGCCUCGUAACAAAAUACGCGAUUGCCAAUGCAUCAGCAAAACGAUCAAGACAGCUUUUCUUCAUCUCUAGUCUGCAACCAGAUGCUUGCUCCAACCCUUCAACCGGUACACCCUGAUUACCUCUGCGAAGCACGCGCCGACGCUGAGCGACGACGCGGCACCCGUCUACCUUGAAUCGGGGCGGGUUGAGAGCGAAAAGAAAAAGAUUUCGCAUCGACGGAAGACUAGAAUAUUAUCACAACUAUUACAAAAUUUAAUAACUAUUAAUCAACAAUAAAACGAAAUAAUACGAAUAACUCGAGAAGCGAAGCCAUGUUACCACCGGCCGCUCCAGCACUUACUACCGUUCGCGGUUUCUCCGCUACCCCAAUCGUGUCCGGCGACGAGGACUCCGACCACUGCAGGACACCCCCAUUGUCCGCGCGACGAGGCCGCGCCGCUCGGAUCGACGAUGUGGUCAGUGCGAAUUGUAGUCCCGUUCUGCGCGCCAACAAUUCGCCUGCUAUUAGCGGCAUCGCCAAGCUUCGUAUGCAGCUCGAACCCCUCAGUCUCGGCGGCUCGCGCUCCAGUACCAUGAGCCGAACCCGAAGCACCAGCCGACAGCGCUACAUGAGCGGAGGUACCAGUCAGACCGGUCGCAGCGACGAUGAGAUUUCUGAGGUUGGAUCGACGAGUUAUGAGGUUCAAUUGGAACAUGACUUCGUCAGUGAAAGCGUUAGGGAGAAGAGAUAUGGGGCGAUUGAAGGGGGAUUAGCGCCUCGGAAGACGCAGGCCGACGACUUCGAGCCCCUUCGCUGUCUCGGUAAAGGUACAUACGGCACGGUCCUACUUGUCAAGCAACGAGCCACAGGUCGGCUCUACGCGCAGAAGCAGUUUAAGAAAGCUUCCGUUGUAGUGCACAAGAAACUCGUUGAGCAGACAAAGACGGAGCGGCAGAUCCUUGAAUCCGUCAACAGACAUCCCUUUGUCGUGAAGCUGUUCUAUGCUUUUCAGGAUCAAGAGAAGUUGUACCUCAUCCUUGAGUACGGACAGGGUGGAGAGCUGUUCACUCAUCUUAAUACCGAGAAGAUGUUUCCUGAGCCAGUCGCUGCCUUCUACAUGGCGGAGAUGGUUCUAGCUCUAUCUCACCUCCACGACACGCUUGGCGUAGUUUACAGAGAUCUGAAGCCCGAGAACUGCCUCUUGGAUGCGCAAGGUCACCUUCUACUGACCGACUUUGGUCUAUCCAAGGUUGCAGUAGAAGAGGAUGACAGCUGCAAGUCCAUCCUUGGGACUAUUGAAUACAUGGCUCCUGAAAUCGUCCAGGGUCAGAAGUAUGGUAAGGCGGUUGAUUGGUGGUCGUUCGGUGCACUGGGUUACGACCUUAUGACGGGUAAUCCACCAUUCCGCGGCGGCAACCAUGCCAAGAUCCAGCAGAACAUCGUCAAGCAAAAGCUUGUGUUGCCGUACUUCCUAGGUCCCGAUGCCAAGGACCUGCUUACGCGGCUUUUGAAGAAGGACCCCGCCAAACGUCUAGGUUCCAACAUGCCUAGAGAUCUGCAGAUCAUCAAGAAGCACAGAUUCUUCAAGAAGAUCGACUGGAAGAAACUUGCGAACAGGGAGGUCGAACCCCCGAUUCAGCCCAUGAUUACGGACCCUGAGCUUGCCGAGAACUUCGCCCCAGAGUUUACCGAGUUGUCGCUGAGCCCCCUGGUGGAGAGGGACCCAUGGAGUGAGAUGUCACCGAGAGAGAGCUUUAAGGAAGAUCCCUUUGGUGGUUUCAGCUUCGUGGCUUCUAGCAGUUUGCUAGAGAACAGCGCAUUCACGUAUGUUGAAGUUUGAAGUCAGGUGAUGGCGCGAGGGGUCAGAUACGCAUGAAAGCGAUAGCGCACAGCGGUAUUGAUGCAGUCUUGGUGUGCAUUGCAGUUGGCGAAUCAGAGCAUUGUGAGGAGUUAUAUCGAUAC